GCCACGGGACUUCCAGCAGAUCAUCAGGGGACCAGCUCCAGGAAGCAGGAAUCCAUGGCAAAGGAGGGUCGUGUGCCUACGUAGCUGCUGAUCUGGCCCAGAGAAGGAAGCUGGGCGCGCCCCACGCAGGGGCCUCUCCUGGCCAUGUCUCCAGAGGCCGCCACCGAGCAGGAUGGGGAGCAGCGGAGCAGGCGUGUCAGCAGGAUCAUCUUCUUCUUCUUUGUCUUCGGCGCCGUCCUCCUGUGCGUGGGAGUCCUGCUCUCCAUCUUCGGGUUCCAAGCCUGCCAGUACGGGACCGUCUCAGACUGCAGCUUGGUACUGAAGAUCGCCGGCCCCUCGUGCGCCGUCAUGGGCCUUGGAGCUGUGAUCCUGGCCCGCUCCCGAGCCCGACUUCAGCUGCUGGAGGGGCGGAGGCGAGGCAGCCAGGCCGAUCCGGACCAAGCGUUCAUCUGCGGAGAGAGCCGCCAGUUUGCCCAGUGCCUCAUCUUCGGGUUUCUCUUCUUGACGGGCGGCAUGCUCAUCAGUGUGCUGGGCAUUUGGGUGCCUGGGUGCGGCAUGAACUGGGUGCAGGACUCGCUGAAUGAGACAGACUCAGCGGGCGCCGAGCCCCCGAUCUGCGGAUUUCUUUCCCUGCAGAUCAUGGGGCCCUUGAUUGUGCUCGUGGGACUGUGUUUCUUUGUCAUCGCCCACGUUAAGAAGAGGAACAACCUGAAUGUGAGCCAGGAGGCCCCUGAAGGUGAAGAGGGACAGACCCAGAGCAUGGAGCCCAUCCCGGUCACAGUAGGUGAUUCGGUGAUAAUAUUCCCGCCGCCGCCCCCGCCUUACUUCCCCGGCUCUUCCGAGGCGGCAGACACGCCAGCUCCUGGCGCCGGUGCUGUGCUUCCUGGGGAGAACCCGCCUCCGUACUGCAGUAUUUUCAACCCUGGGACCCCAGCACCUGAGAGCCAGGGUGAGCCCUCGGACAGAGACUGUGGAUUCGUAUAUACUAUUUCUGGGACUGACUCAUCCCCGGAGGUCUCACACACUCCGUACCUUCCAUAUGAAUUACCUCCUAGAUAUGAAGAAAAAGAGAGCAGUGCCCCUGCCUCUGAGUCUACCCCACCAUGAGCU